ACUUUAUAAAACACUCAACCUCUCUCAGCCAGUUCACCCAACCUGUUCUCUCAUUGUUCAACUCGCUGUUCACUUGCUUAGUUUUUUCUUCAGCCAGAAACACCAUGUCAGCUAUCCAGCAAGCAAUGGCCACGCUCAUUGCAACCUUCCACAAAUACUCAGGAAAGGAGGGUGACAAAUUUACCUUGUCUAAAGGCGAGCUGAAAGACCUGCUCACUGCAGAGAUGGGUGACAUCCUUGGGAAAAGUUCAGAUAAGGCAGCUUUGGACAAGAUAUUCAAGGAUCUGGAUGCAAAUGCUGAUGGCUCUGUGGACUUUCAGGAGUAUGUCACGUUGAUCGCCUGUGUCACUAUGAUUUGCAAUGAGUUUUUCACAAAGGGAAAAUAGAUGUGUCCUUACAGCAUGGUUUUGUCUGUAAUAAAACUGUACUGAAAAAGGAAUAAAGGUACACAUAAUAAAUUGUGAAUUAAAA